AUGGAUGAAUUAUACAGACUUCAUUCCUCGAUUUCAUUUCCUAUUGAUAAUAAUAGUAUGGGAGGGUUUAGUGAUUAUCAUAAUAAUCAUCAUCUGGGUUUAAUACAACAAGCUCAAACUCAUCAUGAGAUCACAGGAUCAGAAAUUUCAGAUAUAACCAAGGCCCAGAUUGCUAAUCACCCUCUUUAUCCUAAUUUAGUAUCUGCCUACAUCGAGUGUCGAAAGGUGGGAGCACCACCAGAAAUGGUCUCACUUCUUGAAGAAAUCAGCCAAGAAAGUAACCCUGUUUAUGCCCCCGCUCAACUCGGCACUGAUCCUGAACUUGAUAAAUUUAUGGAAUCAUACUGUGAGGUUUUACACAAAUGCACGGAGGAAAUAUCAAAGCCGUUUGACGAAGCCACAAUUUUCUUGAGCAAAAUUGAAUCUCAGCUCAGUGAUCUCUGCAAAGAAACCUUAACUUCUACCACCAACUCUUCCUUGACUUCUGCUAACUAUAAUUCUGCAGAUGAUGCAGGUGGUGCUUCGGAUGGGGAUAUGAGCCAUGGAGGAUUUGAAGCAUUUGAAAGUCAAGUGCCAACUGAUACCCGUCAAGGUGUACAGGAGCUCAAAGAAAUGCUAAUGCGCAAGUACAGUGGCUAUCUUAGCAAUUUGAGACAGGAAUUCUCGAAGAAAAGGAAGAAAGGAAAAUUGCCAAAGGAUACAAGGAAUGUAUUGCUCGACUGGUGGAACACACACUACCGGUGGCCAUAUCCCACGGAAGAGGAGAAAAAUAGGCUAUCACAGAUUACUCAGUUAGACCAGAAGCAGAUCAGCAAUUGGUUCAUAAACCAAAGGAAGCGACACUGGAGACCAUCUGAGGACAUGCAAUUUGCUCUUGUAGAAGGUGUUAGUGGUCGCGAUGCAGGAUCCAUGUACUUUGAUGUUGGAGGCGGGACUGGAGAUGUUGGCACUUGA